CGUGUAUGCCCGCAUCUUGUUUGCUGAAUGCUACCUCAUCUUUUAAAACGAAUAUAAGUAAAUUCUUUCAGACGAGCAUGUUUGACAUGAAGAAAAAGGCAAAACCUCGCAACAACGACUACACAAAAAUUGUGUCAGACGUAGAAGAACCGUGUGGAUUCCCAUGUCAACCMGAACACAACGGCUUACGAGAUGGAAAACGAAGGCUUAUAGCUGCAGUAUUAUUUUGCGUGUUUUUCAUUGUCUGUGAAGUGACUGGAGGUUUUAUAGCCAACAGCCUGGCUGUUUUAAACGACGCUCUACAUCAAGUCUUUGAUCUCAAUAGUAUUUUGACGAGUUUAGUAGCGGCUUGGAUCGCUGGCUGGAAACCAAACGAAAAGAAAACGUUCGGCUACUUCAGGGCAGAAAUAAUCGGAGCAUGCGCAGUAAUAUUAAUGYUGUGGCUGCUGACCGGAGUGCUCGUGUACGAGGCAAUUCUUCGGCUUACAGGCGCAGAUGCUCAUGGUCAUUCACCUUUUGUGAAUGCUGACGUCAUGAUGCUUACGUCAGGAAUGACCUGCUUGGCAAAUAUAUUACUGGCAUUCCUGCUCAGUGGUGUUGGMCAUCAACACAGUCAUGGUGGACAUAACCAUAGUAACAAGAAUGCCGAGGAAAAUAUCAACGUCAAAGCAGCAUUUCUUCAUACCGUCGGCGAUGCCAUUUACAGUUUUACCGUUUUUCUUGCUGGUGCUAUUAUUAAAUUUAAGCCCGAGUGGCAAAAUGCAGAUGCAGUUUGUGGUCUAUUAGGAGCUGUCAUUGUUGUUGCGAGUACAUUUUGUGUUGUACGUGAUUCGAUCAACAUUUUAUUCGAAGGUGUGCCACGGAGUAUUAGCAUCGCUGACGUCAACAGGGAUUUAAGUUCCAUUAAACACGUGACUAGUUAUCAUAAUGUUCAUGUAUGGGCAAUAACUUCAGGACGGAAUGCCUUAUCAGCACACCUUGUUGCAGAUUCUCAAGCCAACUCGAAUGCUAUACUUAGACAUGCAUCCAAAACGCUUUCUUCGAAGUACGAUCUAUACCACUGUACACUUCAAAUUGAAUUUGCUGRAGACGACACAGGGAUACCGAACAACGACCAUGUUCACUGAUAAAACUGAGACAAUUUCUCCCGUGCAAGGCAAUAUACACAAUCGAUCAAUAACUGUAAAUCACUGCCAAAACAAACAAUGAUAUAAUUAAUUAUAAAAAAUAUUUAUAAUCAGGGAAUGAAUAUAUACUUUCUSAUUUGUUCAAAUCCAUGACCACAAUCGCCCCCUCUAGAGCAACAAAUUAUAAUGAUACCAUCUUGCAACCUACCGACAUUUCAUUUUAUUAUUUAUGAAGGUUUUAGGGAAUACGCGAAAUCAAGACGUCCUAUUCCGGGUUUUUCAAGAUACAGAAUAUCCUUGUGAAAUUUUCAUUCCCGCAGAAAUUUAUCUAAAGWAGCUAGUAUUAAAAGAUAUCAUUUAUACAGUCGUUAUACAUUAGUGAGAGUUCCGAAAUAUUAUAAACUAUUGUCCCUACUGUCCCUACUGUACAUGCAUUUGAUAAGAAUAUAGAUCUCUUAUAAAAAUAAAUUUUUAAUAGCCUUUCCUUUAGAGUGCACGUCACAUAAGCAUGAAACAAUUCUUAACUAUGUAGUGCUAAAUAAGAUUUAGUUAUCAACUUUGCACUCUAGUCUUUGAGUAGACUUUCUCAAAGUCCGUUUUUCCUGGUUCGCUUAUCUCCCGGAAAACGACCACUCGCGACUCCGUCGCUCGCGCUCACGCCUUCGGCGUUCGUCUCGCGACUACGUCGCUCGAAAUAUCAGUGUCCCAGUGUGGUCGACUUGUGGCAGGGCUACCGCUCAUAUAACCACUUUUUCAAAAAAAAAUCGCAUUUAUAUUUUUAUUCCAAGAAUUCUUCUAUUGAGAUAAUA